GGUAGUGGCGUCAAGAUCCAGAAGGCGGCGUCGUGGCGUAAUGUGGAAGCGGAAGUGAAAGUGAAAGAACCCGUUGUUUCAAAUGUUCCGCCCAUAUAGUUCCGCCGACCAAUUAAAACGCUCCGUUGCUUCACUUCCGCGGUCUCGUUGUUGACGACGUUUUUGCGUCUAUCGAUCAAACACGAAAGGCACGGUUACUGGAACGGUAGAAAUGUCCCCAUUGAAAAAAUCACUGCGUUGAUCUUCAUGAGAUGAAGAAAGAAGAUCUAAAUCAAAACAUGGUGAUGUUUUCUACGUAGUUCCAGGACAGGAUUUUCUACCACAUCUCAUCGAGGGAUACUACUGGAUCUUCAGAGACUUAUCGGCUGCCUCCCCUCCAGCGUCAAGAUGCCAGUGGACAGAAUGAGAAUGCGCCCCUGGUUGGAGCAACAGAUUGAGAGUGGGCAAAUUCAAGGUCUUCACUGGAUCAGUGAGGAGAAAAAGAUGUUUCAGAUACCAUGGAUGCAUGCAGCCAGACAUGGAUGGGAUUUGGAAAAGGAUGCACCUUUAUUUAUGAACUGGGCCAUUCACACAGGAAAGUAUCGCCCAGGUAUUGACAAACCAGACCCUAAGACAUGGAAAGCAAAUUUCCGCUGUGCUAUGAAUUCUCUACCAGACAUUGAGGAAGUGAAAGAUAAAAGCAUUAAGAAAGGAAACAAUGCCUUCAGGAUUUACAGAAUGCUUUCCUUAUAUGAAAAAACUGUUAAGAAAGGAAAGAAGAAGAUGGACCUGGAGCAAAGAGCAAAAAGGGUUUUUCAGAAACGGAAAACUGGCAUUCCCAGAAAAUAUAAAAUGACAAAAGAACAAAGUGGAGAGAACUUAAUGGAAGAUACUACACCAGACAGCACAGUGCUAUUUGCUGAGCCGGAGAGCUCCCCUGUGCCUGCGUCAUCUGGGAGGGAGAUGGCUGUAGCUGAAUUACCUGAUGUGUGUGCAGUUGUUGAGGUGGCAACAGAGAAUGAAGAACCCGCGAUUAGCUCCACUGAUACGUGUCUGCCUCUCCAAGACUCCCAUGUUUCAUCCUACAGUGAGAGUGACACAGAGAGCACAAACAGCGAGGAAGACUUAGCACAGCUUCCCCAGGACUUAUCCUUAAAAGCUUCACAAAGAUCAUUGGGCAAUUCUGUGUUAAGGAUCCCAUCAUCAGCUCUAUCCUCGCCAAACAAGUUUUUCACAUCAACAAAACUAAAUUUCAAAGUGACCAGCAGCAGAGAGGACUCGCCCCUAAUUGCUUACAAUGCUCCUCCAUGGUUCCCCUGCCCAUCGAAUUUGCAAAAAGUCACAGAUGUGCGACCAUCAAGCCAUGUCCCCUCACCAGAUCUCACCAGCAGCCUGGCUUCUCAGGCAAGUGUGAUAGCUAAAGCUGUGGACCUCUCUAUUGCAAAACACAAAACACUACAAUGAAGACACUUGAAAUUUACAACCGCUGCUAUUCAAAUGAUACAUCUACACCCAUAAUUCAAAAUUUAUUAAGUACUCUCAGGUGUAAGAUUUCCCUUAAAUAUCAUCCUUUGUUCGGUUUUUAAAACCAAAUGGGAGAGUUCCAAGCUAUCUAAAUCCGUUAUACUAUAUAUAUAUCUGUAAUAUUUUGCAGCACUCUACCUCCUUCUCAUAACUGCAUCAAAUAUGUAACUUGUAGAACUACCUCACAGAUGUGACAGAAGUUGUCAGUGUAAGCUAGUGAUGAUGCAGCAUUGGGAGAAUACGCUUGUAUUAAUUUUGCAUUGGAGUGGCAUUUCAUACUUGUUGACAGCAGAUGUUAUAAAACAAAGAAUGAAACCGAACUGUUACUGGGGAAUUUUUAAGGGGAAUUUGUGUGUCUUUCUACAGGGUACUGUAGCACAAUAUUGAAAUCACAGUUUUGCAAGAAAUGAUUAAGGUUUCAGUACAUUUAUACAUCAAAUUGUCAUGUUUGAAUGAACUGUUUUUGCAAAUUUGAUAUUUGUCACUCCGGAAAAAA